UUUAGGGAAGUUGGUUUUGAUAUUUUAAAUUAUUUUAUUAACGUAGGAAACAUGAAAUUAUGGCCAAGUGGGUUUCUCCAUUGUUGUGCCCGGACCCUUUAGGGAAGUUGGUUUUGAUAUUUUAAAUUAUUUUAUUAACGUAGGAAACAUGAAAUUACGGUUGAGCUAGAAAGAUGAAGUCAACUACGGAAACACACACAGCUCCUGUUUCUUGUGAUUCAUGAUUAUUCAUUUCCGUUAGUCAGCCGCUCCCCAUGAUACUGGAAGAAUUAUGUGGCCGGCAGGAAAGACCAUAUACGGGCAAGUUGCUAGGACAGAAGGGAAUUUAACCAAUGGGAAUCGACGAUUCCCAGCGCGUCCAUGAGGACGGAAGCACGCCACGUUAUCAGACGGUGUAAGAACCCUGGAACAAGGGGCGGAGACGCGAGCUAGAGCUGGACGCUUGUCACUUAACGCCAUCAGUAGAACGUACCCGAGCCUUCGGGGCACGACUCCGCCAGGGUGCGAGGCACACCCUCGAGACCACGGAGAAGGAUGACUUCAUUGUAGCAGCCAGAGAGACGGGGCAAGUAAGUACUUGCCAAUGGUCGGUCACGGUCACAGUUACACAGCUUAAGGUUGUAUUGUGUCUAGGUGCAUUUACUCAGGUCAAAUAAGUUAGAAUAGAAACUAGUAAAGUAGAAGAGUGAAUUUGUGUAGGCAAGAGCCCAGUGUAUCACUACGCUCAGGAGGUACUCGCCAGACGGAGCCUGAGGCUGGAGGCGGGACGGCCACGGUCCUCAGGCCGAUCGAGUAGCGAGUGGGGCAUCGGACACGACACAACCACUUGUGUGUGGACUUAACAAGUAUCAGAACGGCUAGGGUAGCCAAAUAACCUGUAAUGCUUGCCAUGUUUUAGCCAUACGGUUUAGACUAAGAUAACUUUAUGUAUUAGGGUAGGUUAAGAUAGACCCUUGUAGACACAUUCCAUAAGGGUUGUAACCACUCAUUUUUCUGUAUUUCUCACAUAUUAUAUUCCUACAUUUAAGGUGUUUAAUUGAGAAGGUUGUGGGAACUACUGCCCUUGGACCCCUACCUUCCCUCAUCCGGAGAGAGGUAUCUACUGGUGACCCCAGGGGGGAGGUUGGGUAACCACCCCCUGCGGCACAACAAAACUGGUGGCAGCGGCGGGAUAAAUCGUAAUUCUGCCCGAAUUGCGGGACUUGCGCUGAUAAGUGAGAAGCGCGAAUGUAGAUAACUCUCGCCACUCAGGUACGCUUAAAAUGAGUUAAUGAUAUGCACUGUAUGCUACGUGUAAAAGGGAAGUAAACCUUGUCUUGCAUUUAAGGGAUUUGUUCAGACGAUUUUUUUUUUGUGAAUAACGGAUUUAAGUGUUGAAGGGUGUGGUCACUUUGUGUAACAAUUUAGCGGGAUGCCUUGUGAUGAGCCAGGUAGAGGUGGAAGCCCUUGGGGCCCAAGCGAAGGAGCUGAGAGGGGAAUUAGAAACCCUUAGGAUAAGGGAGACGCCCCGGGAUCGCGUCGGAAGUAGGGACUCUCCCCCACGACGAGGUCGAAGAAGGAGUCGCGGAGCACACAAAAAGACCAUCCGAUGUUUUCGAUGUGCGGAGAUAGGGCACUAUGGGAGCGACUGCUGUCAGGACCCUGAUCCUGAUUUUCCCGGCUGGAGGUAUGGGAAUGAGUAUCGACGUACUAGGGGAGGCGGUCGUUCUAGGGAGUCGCGCACGACCCAAGGGGAUAGGAAUAAGGGAUGCCCUAGGGGGCUAGGCCCAGGAACGUCAGUAAAGCCAUGGGUUCCCUCGGGUGGGGUACACCCCUUGGUCAUUCAAUGUUAUCACUGUUAUGAGUUUUGGCACCGGGAUCGGGACGACCCAGGGAAGCGCCGGCCCUCUCUACAGUCGAGUGAGGAAUGGAAACCGGAAGACACAGCGGCGGAACCAUCGCCGACUUCACCAAGGUAGGUCGGACGACUUGCCACGACGACCAGCGCUUCCGCCCGGAAAAGAAAGGUAGGAGGAAGUGUUACGUUUAUAUUUUGUAAAUUACGAUUAUUUUUAAUGUUGUUGUAACGGGUUUAUAAGUAAAUUUUUAAAUUUUUAUGCUUGUGAGUUAGAGAAGAGUUAUUGCAACAAGGACCAUUACAAUUGAAAUUACGGCCUAAGAAUUAGAAUGAGUUAGGAGAAAGUCGUGUUAUUUGUGAGGUUGAUAAUUUGAUGUACAACGGGGAAUAACAGGGGCUGAUGCUCUCAGACGUAGGGAGGCAAGUCGGUUUGCGAACCAGUGCGCUUAUCCCAGGAGGUAAGCGGCGUCAAUUGUCAGGCUAAAAGGUCGAGCGGUGGCGAGCGAUUCGCCGCCUAAGCCGUCCGUUGCAGGGAACGUCGGACGCGGGACUGAUCACCUCGCUGAAGGCGCUGCCGCGUGAGCAGGCUGAGAAGGCCCAUCCCAGGGUUGAACUCGGGAGGUGCCGACGUUGAUGUCUGGAACGCUAUAUAGCCCUCGGGUAAACUGUCUACCUCUCGCUAUCUGAGUGGCAUGUGGAUAAAAGACUGAAAAGUCGUAUGCGUAAUGAUGUUUAUUUUAAUGGCACCAUACCAUGUUAUCCGCGAGGAGCUAAACUUAGCCCUACAUUUAGGUACGCUAACUGCGUACGUGACUCGAACAAGGAGUCGAGUGUGACCUUAGGCAAAUGAGUUAAUGAUUAGAAAAGGGGGGUAGAACAUCAACUGAAAUCACCUAGGUGGAAAAAUGACUGGCUGGGUAAGCCCAGUUGAGUUAAAUGUGCACGAAUGAUAUGAGGCCUGAGGAUAAUUAGCCACGGUUGUCCUUGAAAGGACGUAGAUUCAACGAACUGACAGAUAAACAAAACGGGACGCAAGGGAGAAUAAUCGAAGUAGGUGCCAACUGUUACUAGAGGGAAGGUACGAUGGGCCGAACCACUAAGGUGGGCCUCUUCCAUGAACGCAGGAAUAGCCAACCGCGACAUUGGAAUGCAGGAAACGGCCGAUCGGGGAAUCGGAUUCUUGACUGGAAGAAAUUCCCGGGAUCUGAUUGGAACUAUAGAGAGGGGGNNAAUGACCCCAAGGGAAAGAGCAAAUUGCACCAAAGAGUACGGACUAGGUAAACCCAACUAGUAACGAGAGACCGUGGUGGUAAUGGAGAACGAUACCAGUAUUGAAUUUAUUUGUGAGGCAACGGCAGGGACGCCUGUCGAUACGGUCCAACAGGACCAACCUCCAUUAAAUGUACUGAGGCAUAAGAAAAGGAUAAUGCGUCGCAAAGCUAAUAAAUUGGCGCGAGGGAUAUUAAAAAUACCCCCCUCUUUGUCGUCUAGUGGUACGUCGUUACGAGCACUACUAGAGACGUUUUGAACCCCACUAUUGAAUGAAACCCCAAGAAAUAGAACAUGCAAAAUUUAUGGUCCACUGUGAUGACUACCGUUUUUACGUUUAAGUAACACGAACAUUUUAUGGAUGAAACAGAGACAGUAAUAUUUUAUUUAACUUCAAUUUACGUAGUGUUACACAUGAAAAUUUUACUUGAAGAAGAAUGAUAGUAGAACAGAGUUGUGAACCCCUUAGUCGUGUAGGGACAUGGGAAUGAAUUUCGGUUUUCAGGAGCCCCCUUUGACGAUUUAAUGGACCGGAUGCUACGCCGAUUAAUAGAAGUGACGUAAGGAUCAGUGUGAAUAAAGUGCUACCAUUUAGUGAGUCUAUCAAAUACUAGGUAUAAGAGUAUCUGCCGCAGAACCCCUAGCCCGAUUAACAUCACACGUGCAGCUAUUCCAGAUACCAGCCGACGAAGAGACACAAUACCUUCUCCUCUCCAUCACGAACACAUCCAACAGACAUCUCCGUCAAUACAUCCUGACAACCUUCCUUCGCCUCUUCUCUUCAACACCAUCGACGAUGGUGAUACAAGAAGGAAGCGAAAAAGAUCCUAUGAUGACCUACACAACAGACAACCGAAACGACGCUCUGACUGUUCUCCUGGAAACGAAACCCAACAAAGAACAAUUCCUUGCGGACAGCCAGAUGACUCUCCAAGACCUGCAAACGCCGAUGAACCUUCUUCUCUUCAACACCACAGGCCAGCACUUCUCGACACCCCGUUGGAGACGAUACGGACGGAAGCGCAUCCAACCACCCUACAUACACUUUCAUCCUCCACAAAGCGACCUUCCAGCCCCUCCCCCCAACAACAAAAAAAGCACCAUCCUUCGCAGCCUUCGACCACGGAGACCAUCUCCACAUCAUCUUCUCCGUCGGUCAUUCAAACAACGCCAGCCGCCACCUCAACUCAAUCCUUCGAUACCUUAAAACAGGCUUUGAUGGAUCUUCAGAGGCACAUACUACUCUUCAACUCGUCCGUUUCCCAACACGGUUUAUUUCCUAUCUCAUCCGUCACGGUCUCGCCACAUUCUAUAAGUAUGGUGUCCGAACUAUUCACAUCCUCAAACCCCUAAUGGAUGCGCUUCUCAACUAUGAUACUACAGAUCGUCCAUCAACAUCGCCCCUGGCCUGCAAAAACUACAUAGAGGAAAAGAAGGUACUCAACAAGGAAACUAUCACCUCUCGCACCUUCUCCAUCGACUUCAUAUCCCAACUCAUCACUACCCACUGUUGUGCCCAGGAUUUUUGGAAUUUGAUUUUGAUGUAUUAAAUUAUAAUAUUAAGGUUUGGCAGAUAUGAAUUUAUGGGUGAGUUAGAAUGAUGAAACGAACUACGGAAAUCAAGUUUGUUCAUGUAUCCUGUUAUUCAUGAUUAUUCAUUUCCGUUAGUCAGCCACUUCCCAUCAUGUGGGACAAAGUAUGAGGCAGUCAGGAAAGACCAAAUAUAGGCAUGUUUUAAGAACCACAGGGAAUGUAGCCAAUGGGAAUCGCCGAUUCCCAAUGCGUCCAUGAGGACGGAAGCACGCCCACGGAUCCAGAUGGUAUAAGAACCCUGGGACCAGGGGGCGGAGCGGGAAGACUGGACGAGUGUUGCCAGACGCCAGAGGGUACGUUUUCGAGCCCGUGGGGCCCGACGUCGCGAAGUCGCGAGGGGCAUCUCUGACCCAGGAACAGAGAGAGAGAUGGGAGCAUAGUAUCGCCCAAGGAUGGGGCACGAUCCAUCCUAACCUCUUCAUCGACUUCGAUCCCAAACCAGUCAUCACAACGCCCAUGGCCGAUUCCACUUCAGAACAACAGGACCACCCAUCCAAGCGAGCCAGAGGAUCAAGCGGGAUGGCCUCCAUGGGCCAGACAACACACCAAGUCGAACAAGAUGGUUAUGGAAAAAACAUGUCUGUCAUGGUAUCUUCCAUUCCUAUACCUAUAAAAACAACCCACGCUUACGGAGAAAUAAAGCGCUCUUUAUGGUACAAUGUUUCUUUAUGUGAUGUUGGUACGUGUGGUUAUGGCCUACCCUAUCACCUUCUCCAAUUUUGGGUCGGCAUCGACAAAAAAGAAAACACCCUCAAACAAUUCAACGUCCUAUCCAACGCGGCAUAUGGCAUUACCGGGCACAUGUUCUCUCUCUCUCAAUCUACAACCAGGCGACAACAAGAAAAAGACUCCUCACACAAGGAUCCACCACAUACGAAACCAUCGACUUCGAAACAUCACAAAAUCUCAUGAUCCUUACAGACAUGAAUCAAACCCACACCCCCGCAGUUCUUUGGCCCUCAGAAUUCCUGCCCCCCGGUCACAAAAACACCACAAACGAUUUACAGUCUGGCGCCAAUUUCUGCAAAACAGAAGAACUGGCAACAGGGCACACGAAGACGUUCACGUUCUCUCCUGAACCCUUGCCCCCUUCCCAUGUAUGGGAACUCAUUCACAUUGACGGGUCAUCUGCACACUCAGAUGAAAUGUUUCCCGCGCGUCAGCACACAACUGGCUUCCAAGCUAACGACAUCCCCAUCGUCGCCGCAUCAACUGGUAACUUCACGUCUUUGCAUCUACAAUGGCAGCCUCAGCCCAUGCCGUACAUCCAACUCGACUCUCCUCACAUCCUCAGCGAAUCCGGAAACAUGAAAUUCAUAUAUCGCACACGAUGGGAUUUCUCUAUCCCAUACACGUUCCACAUGCGCCCAUCUUCCGACUCCGAAGUCUCCUUCAACAAAUACGUCACGCCAUAUCCCAAGGCCAGGGCUGUCCCUACCUCCGAGAAUGGCCCCAUCGCCCUCCACUAUCUCGCCAAGCCAAACCUCAAAUAAUCAUCUCAUCACCAUCGUGGAUUAUGCCUACUGGGGAUAUCACGUUAAAAAAAACGACGCACGUGUCAGACCUCUUGGGUGCGUUGGAACUGGCACAUCAUAUAAAACCAGAAGUCCUAAGUGUCUGCCAUCUUAGUUCCGUGAUGACCGCCCCGGCGGUCAAAUCGUGUUAUGUUAUCCGUCCUUUUGUGUGUGUGUAUGCAGGCCAAUACCAGCCUUUAACGUUUUUGGCGGUUAUUAACGGCAAAUUCAGUGAAUUUCAAGAGAGUAGAGGUUAGCUUUUAGCAGCGCCCUAGAGGUACGUACAUCUAAGACAGGGUGCCGUUAAGAAAACACAGGUAAUGUUGCACGGAGAAUACGUAGGACAUGUGGAAAACACACCGGGUAUCGCCUUGGACAUGAAUCAAAUUUGCUGUAUUAAGGAUUUAUGAUUUUAGAACGCUAGGAAUGUUCGGACAUGAGAGUCGCUGGGAGAUCGCGUGCUUAUCUUUUGGGGAGGUGUAGUUGCCCCUAGAACCAGUGUUAAUGUCGGACAAGAAGGGACCAACGUUCUGUGCCAUCUUAUGGCUGUGGAGGUCAUGUGAGUACUUGUUUAUAUUCAGAUCACUGUGAGCAAUUGCCAAUUUUUCUAAAUGGUGUAACAUAAGAGGAAGAAGUAACGAUUCCGUAGAGAGUUUUUAAAACUGAAUACAUUAAAUUUUAUUUGGUUUGUGGAAUAUCUCCUGGAUUGAGAAAUUUAGGGGGGACAGACCCUGUGUCAACACAUCCUUGGCCGUCAGACUUAGUGCUGGUACAGUUCGAUUUCACUAGCCGGUAAUUUUAGUAUAGAUUUUCAUUUACAGUUUUGCUUCAGGAUAUAAUUACAUUAUGGUUGGAAGUAGUUGAAUAUUUUGUUAAAUUGCGCACUGUAUGUCGUCGAUACGAGUUACGGAUUACACAGACAGAAUUAACAGCUAUUAUAUUUGGUACUCAAAAUUAUAAACACCUUGUAUGGUAGGAAAUUUAAAAGGAAACUAAAAUUUUACGAAGAAGGGACUGUUAGGUAGGUUUAACAUUUAAUUAUGAACGCUGAAUGGUCGAGGAUAGCCAACUGUUGUAAUACCAUUAUAUGAGACCCUUGGAUAAUUAUAGAAAGAUAUGAAAUUGUAUGGGUUAAUGAAUUCUGUAUAUGCUUUUUGUUUGUUUGAUUUUGGCAUUUAUAGAACGAUAGUUAACUGCAAAUUGUCUGUCGCAGUAUGUUAUUUCCGUUCUUGCAGCAGAGACCGGAAGCCACAAAAUGAUAACGCGGGUGAUGCACUCGCUUACGAAGCUACGUUACAGCACUGCCAGGGAACGUACUGCGAGAGAUGUUAGAAGAAUUUGCAGACGAUGAUUAGGAAAACGAAAUUACACAUGAGGAUUAAAUUUGAAGAGGAAGAACGAUUAUAUUUAAAAUGGAGACGGUUAAUAUUAAAUUAUAUUACGAUUAGAUGUUGCAGAAAAUUAAGCGGGAAUAGAUUUGCGAUAGGAUGAAAAAUUAAUCAUUUAGGCUUAAUAUGGAUUGGAAUAUUAAUAACUGUUUAUGUUAAACAACAUGAUUUUUGUGUAAAAUUAAGGUUGGACGCUACCUACAGUACCAGUGAACGAAUUACCAGGAGCUACCGCACUGAUUACACGGAUAUUUAUAUAUUUUGAUGACCUUUUUUUAGAAGCAAGAACAUUUAUUAUGUUAGUUACACGUAGAUUUGCUUUUCGGAAUAUGUACAGACUCAAAGGUUUCAGAAUGAUUCAUGAUUACAGGUUGUUAGUAGAGUGGAGGGAAACGGUGCAUGGACCGACUGCACUGCGUUCGAUCCGCAGAUGCGAGAGACGGUUGAGGAAAAGUUUACGUAAGAGUUAGCCAAAUUGAGAGGUAUUACUUAACGAAUUUGGAAGUGAUUGGGUCAACUUAUCAGCUGCGCGGUGAUGGCCUGCAAGACCCCCUUGCCCACAUUUCGUUGAAAUGGUUGGUAAUAUACCCACGUGGGAGACCGAAGCGUGCCGAUGGAGGACGACUUGGCUACAGCAACGUCGGGAAAACAAAUACACUGACACAAGAUGACUCAGUAAGAAGGGAUUACUCACAGGAACUGGCUCGACACUAACGUAUUUGACUGAAAUGUAAAUUAGACGGCAAAAUUUAUGCGAAGUAAAGGGAUUUUACGAUUUGAACUAUUUUAGGCCAACAGGGUAAAGAAAGACAAAAGGGAGAGAAGAAAAGUCAGUAGAAGGAAAUAAUAUUGCAGAUAGAUGGAACUGUAACCUUUGAGUGAAGUUAACCAUCACGGGUAUAAACACAAAAAUUUUAGGAAAGAAGUAACGGGAAUUAAAAAACUACGAAUAAGUUCAUUCAAAAACUGGGGAAGUGAUACUUAUUUUAUAAAACAGUUAGAAGGAACUUUAAGACUUGUGAACUACGUAAGGGACAGGAUGUGGCAAGAGAUAAGAACAUCCAGUGGCACCGCCGGAAGGCAACUACUACCUGCCAUAACUUGUUUGCACGAUCAACGGUAAGUAAAUGAUGUGAAAUUUUAGGAAUUGAACCCAGGAGCCGACCUCAAAUUGAAAGGUAUCGAAGGAUUCGACUUACUACCGACGGGACCCUCAAUUAAUAGGAAGAGAUCCGGAGCCAUGUACCGAACAUGUUACCAGGUAAGUGGAGAAAUGCUACUCGUGCUACACAUCCGACCCAAGCAACAGGGAGAACAUUUGGGAAGUACUUGGAAAAUUGACAGAAAGGUUAAGAAUACUUGAGUGUAGAGAACGCGAGUUUAACAUUAGGAAAUAUGAGACUCGGCGACCAGGAAAUUAACGUUUAAGAUAUCGCAUAAUUUGUAACAGACGGAGUAAGAAAUGUAACAGGUGGAAUGAAAUUGGGCAGAACCAGAGCAGACACGCAGGGUUAUGAAUGGAAUUAAAAUAGGAACUAGAUAAUUUAAAUUAAUACCUGAGUGACGAAGUACAGACUUAACUUGUUAGGAAAACGGAACCGAAUGACUGAAGAAAAGGCAAUGAUGAUUACAUAGUAGAUGACCAUUCACCUAUUUUAUUUUAAAUUAUUGAAGUUACGGGUACGUAAGGAGGUAUUAGACGUGAAUUACAAUGAAGAAGAAGUAAUGAGUAAAAUUUGGAGAUAUGAUUAAGAUUAUAUAGUAUUAAUUUUGACAUUUAACGCAGUGCAAGACAACUUAUGAUCCCCUGAACCUGUACCAAUGUUAUAUACGCUACUAUACACACUAUUUGUAAUAAGUAUUAUUUAGGGGAACACAGAAUUAGAGAAAUGUUAGUGACCAGCCAUGAGCAAUGUUACUUACGCGGGAUGACGGCAGACUGUAGUUAUAUAAUUAAACUAGUGAUGUUUAAGGAAAAGAAAUUGUUGGAAUUGAACUAGAAAUUACAUUUAUUAAGAUGAGUGAAAUUGUUAGACAUUGGGAAAUUGAAUUAAAAAAAAUAGUCUGCCCUCACCAACCAUUGAGGCCCAAGCGAAUGAGGAGGCUACAGGAAACUAACAGAUUCACAUCUAAUUCUAAUACCUGAGUUCACAGGAAGCACCACUAUGAGAAGCAACUGUAACCCUACUAAGCAGAAUACUUCUUGUAAUUUCCAACGCUAUUAUCGAUGGUCGCUGGGGACCAAAUGGAGUUUCCGCGUCAGUCAAAGCUGACGCCGCCCAAGGAGCCUGACCACCACCGGUGACGAUCGACCACCGACGCCAGGUGUUGGCUGCGGAAAGAAAACAUCACCGGACAAGGAUCGCCUGCUUGCAGCUUGGCGCGUGCUGCAGAGCGUGCGGCCACUGAAUUUCAUUAUUGUAACGGGAAAAACUUAUGAACAAAGUUACCAGACGGAAUGCAGUAACCCAUCUUCUAUUGUCCUUACCUUCAGAUUUUGGCAACGACCAUUUUUAAACCUGACCAGAAGAAUUUUCCUACACCGAAUUGAACGACCUUUUACUGACCUAGAGUUGAGACCCAGGUCUACACCCACUACAUUGGUCACAGCCCCAACCACGUAUGACUGCCCAUGCUGUACGGAGGAUCAUAGCAAACUUACGGGAGUGACGACGUCACAUCCUGCUACCGCACAACAGACGGCGGCGGAGACCGUCGACAAGCCAGCACCCGUGUCCAGCCUAGGACAGGGGAACGUGUGCAGUUCGCUCAACCCGGCAAGUUCCUGCCCCGGAAAUGGUGGAGGAAGCACUCAUCGCCGCAAGCAACAGCGAUAUGAAACCAGCAGGACCGUGCGUGCCGACAAGAAAUGUCAUCAAAAGUACAAUAAGGACCAUCAGCCCCACAAAAACGGGAAAAUUUAUAAACAGUGAGACUGAGUUUUGUUAACAAAGUUGAACAAACUGAGGACGGAAAAGUGUCAAGGACGCAUAAGAUAGAGUGUUUCACUUUAACACUUAUUUUGCAUUUUGGCUGUAUCCACUUAGGUUGUUUAUAAUAAUGUACUGUAACCAUUUAAUUACUGUAUAAUGUUAUCUUAUUUUUGGUACGACGCCGGAAGUGACUGAUAGCAUCAGCCGUCUGCAGGAGUAGCACGGAUAAGCAGUUCCAGUGACAUUACAAUGUGAACAAUGUGAAGGUUCCAGUGAAGUUGCUAUACGGACUAUACGGACACACAAAUGAAGCCAAGAAAAGAGAGACAUGUGCCUAACAUGUGUUAAAAAGUGUAAAACAGUAUUUAUGUUGGAACAGAUGAACAGUUAAAAGAACUUAUGUCAAGUACUACAUUUGCAAUGGCGCGUGUAAGCGUUCAAGAAUACUUGUAUAUGUGAAAUUAUGUAAGGAAUGUUACAGGACAACUUGUAAGCAUUUUUGAUUAGGAAAGAUAACCUGCAAGGUUAAUGUACGGGAGGGAGAAUGGAAAUUCACCUUUAGGAAGCUAUAAUUUCCAUUUAAGGGAGAGGCAAUGUUGUUCCCGGACCCUUUAGGGAAAUUGAUUUUGAUAUUUUAAAUUAUUUUAUUAACGUAGGAAACAUGAAAUUAUGGUUGAGCUUGAAAGAUGAAGUCAACUACGGAAACAGACACCGCUCCUGUUUCCUGUGAUUCACGAUUAUUCAUUUCCGUUAGUCAGCCGCUCCCCAUGAUACUGGAAGAAUUAUGUGGCCGGCAGGAAAGACCAUAUACGGGCAAGUUGCUAGGACAGAAGGGAAUUUAACCAAUGGGAAUCGACGAUUCCCAGCGCGUCCAUGAGGACGGAAAGCGUGCCCACGUUACCAGACGGUAUAAGAACCCUGGAACAAGGGGCGGAGACGCGCGCGCUAGAGCUGGACGCUUGUCGCUUAACGCCAUCAGUAGAACGUACCCGAGCCUUCGGGGCACGACUCCGCCAGGGUGCGAGGCACACCCUCGAGACCACGGAGAAGGAUGACUUCAUUGUAGCAGCCCGAUAAACGGGGCAAGUAAGUACUUGCCUAUGGUCGGUCACGGUCACAGUUACACAGCUUAAGGUUGUAUUGUAUCUAGGUGCAUUUACUCAGGUCAAAUAACUUAAGUUAGAAUAGAAACUAGUGAAAUUUAAUUUAGUGCUUAAAUUGAAAUAUUAAGAGCAAGACUUGGAGUAAGCAGCUUUAUAAACAACUGACACUUAUAUCCCUGUGGCACGUAAUAGUGGCGCCAUAGUGUCGCUGUUAUGUGAAGCAAAUAUAUAUAUAUCUUAUGAGUAAAAGAUGCCGCAUAGCGUCUGUAAUGUUACACUUUGCAGCUGCAGUCUAGCGAGGUCUCAAGAAUCGUUGAGAAUAUCGCUGGACCAGCGUUUUCAAAGGUGUAAUUUUUAAGAAGGGUAUUGGAGGGUUUAAACUUGUAAUACCGCCUUCCUUUUGAAUGAACGAAUCAGAAGCAAUGAUGGAAUAUAUCUGCGAGGGUGGGAGAACUUAUGUCCCAAAACUCAACGAUAUAGUCCGAGCUUCUAGGGGAGUUCUCAUUCGGUCAUUCCUACGGACAGACGUGUUUUAACAUAUGAUAAUAUUAAACAGUGAGCAAAUGUAAUGUGUGUCGGCGUAACAUUAUUACCCUUUGUCUCCUCAUGAUCCAACGACAACCCCAACCUCUUUACAAUUUUGAUGAUAUUGUGUUAGAAAUAAAAGGCAAAAUGCAACACUGUCAGCAAAUAGCGAGAGAAAGAUUAAUUAAGUGCAAGGAAGCACAGAGACAAAGAGUGAAAUCAAAUUAAAGUGAUUUCAAGGAAAAUGAUUUAGUUCUCUUAAGGGUAGAGAAUAGGCAGAAAUUGGACCCAUUGUGGAAACGGCCAUAUGAAAUAAAAGAAAUAAAAGGUUCUAAUGCUGUUAUCCAAGAAAUAGGCAAAAGGAAGCAUCAUGAAAUACACAUUAAUAGGCUGAAACCGUACUUCUCUUCAAUUUCAGAAAAUGCAGCUGUGUAAGUGGAUACUUUUAGUCACACUCUGCAUGUGGUGGAGACUACUCCAAGGGCAGACCAUUGAUGAGGUAGAAUCAAAGACAGGAAUUUAUUUUGAUAAGAUGGGAACUAUAUUCUUUUACCCUAUGAACUGGAAAGUCGUUACAUACAUUAACCUAGAACCAACAUGGGAACUAUGGAAACAGACUAAAAUUCACCAGAGAAAAGUUACCGAUUUUUGUCAGAAAAUCAGGAACAAAAACUGGUACCAUUACACAGACUGUGCCACAUUCGGACAGUACAUGAGGUCUAAAAGUAAAUAUAUUGACAAUUUAAAAGAUUUGGUAGUUGAAUAUAUGACAGACAAUCAAAAUUCGAACCAAAGACUUAAACGAGGAGUUCUAAAUUUCGUAGGCGAAAUAUCGAAAAUUUUAUUUGGAACUCUGACACAAGCAGACGCAAGGAAUUAUAAUAAUCACAUUUCUGAACUAGAAAAUGAACAAAAAGAAUUUUUGCAUUUGUCAAAAGAACAAAUGACAAUUAUUAAAACAACGAUCACCUCAGUAAACUCCACAUUGCAAAAGGUAAACCAAAACGAAAAAGUAAUGACAGAAGGCUUAGCCAAAAUGCUAGCCAAAACUAUAGCGCACAUAAAUUUAGUGAGAUAGAAGAGGAGAUAAAGAACGUAAAUUUGAUUAACGAGCAGUUUAGGCUAAUACAAAGAGGAAUUGAUGAGAGUCAGCACUCAUUCGAAAUACUAAUUGAUGCAUUUGUCCAUGCCGAACAAGGGUCCCUACAACCGCAACUUAUCACGGUAGAGAAAAUAAAGAAUUUUCUGGUCACACAGAAACUGCCAAAUGGACUGGACUACCCUAACUUUCCUUUCCCCGAACUGCAGAAAAUUAUAACACCCAACACCUACUCCUAUAAACAAUUUUUAGUGUACAUAUUGGAAAUUCCAUUGUUUUCUUCCACAACUUACAAUUUGUAUAAGAUGUUACCAUUUCCAGCAGCAGUAAGCAAAGAAGAAUCCACUUAUAGCUACAUCGGAUUCAAUAAAGAACUUAUAUUUAGUGAUCCCUUAAGACAGCAUUAUGGCAAAAUGACAGUUAAUGAAUUGACAGGUUGUUUCCAAUCAAAUGAAUUCACAUAUGUAUGUAAGGAAGAAAUACCCAUAUAUACGUACGUUCCUGACAUGGAUUGUGAAGCCACUUUGCUUCACCCUUCAACUUCGACAGUACCAAGAAAAUGUGAGUACAACUUUUUCAAAUUAAGUAAGACAUUUUGGAUACCCCUACAUAGGAGUAACCGAUGGUUGUUUGUCACACCACAAACAGAAACGUUCACAGUGUUAUGCCCAAAAGGGCCAACCACUUUAAAGUUACAGAAGGAAGGCAAAUUAACUUUAGAACCAGGUUGCAAAGGUUAUUCAUCAUAUGUAACAUUGUAUGCAUUGUCAACAUUUUACACAAAUUUAACAAAUGACUAUGUGCCUUCUGCACCAAUAGACUUCGACUGUUGCUUCGAAGAUCUAGAGAAAUUAAAUUUUGAAGAAUUACCUCUGCAAAUUCCUUUGGUCAAUGUAAUGUCAAAUAUAGAUGACCUAAGAGUAGCAAGUAUGAGGGCAGAUGAAGUGCAACAAAUGAUAAAGGAUCAGGAAACGAAACAUGAACGAAACCUGUACAUGAUGGCAACAUCAUGGGGAUCAACACUUGGUGUAAUCUUUGUAACAAUUUUAUGUAUUUGCUUAAGCUGUUGCUGCUGUAAAUGCUGUAGAAACAGUUUCUUUUGGUUAUGGGGCAAAUGGCACCCAAAGGAGUGUUGGAAACAAACACAAGAAAAGUGUUGUGUUAGUGUUUACAAUUAUAAUGGGUCCAGAGUAGAAUACGCAAAAACAAACACCUCUCCCGCAGUUUCCAUAAAAUCCCUACCUGGACUGGAAAGCCCAAGUACUAGCCAACCCAAGAAGGAGACGGAAGAAAAAUUAAGAUUAAAAGAUGAUCUGGAUUCCAUAGCAAAGAGAACAAGAAGUAAGAGUAUAUUCAGAUAAAAGUUCUCACCCCAUGGUAAAAACUUCUUAACAAGAAGGGGGGUGUAAUGAAGAAAUAUACUAGAUAUAAUAAGGAAAUGUACUAAGAGCAAUAAUUGCAUAAAGGUAGUGAAUAACCAAAUAUUUUAAGUCUAUUGUUAACCGUAUAAGUAAUAAUAUAGAGGAACUAAUAUAAAAUUGUAUUAAGAAGUAUGAGAGAAACUAAAUGUAAAAAGCCAUCAUUAAGACCAAACAUAAGGCUCUUUGUAUGAAGCCUUUUAGCUAAGGAGUUGAGUAAUGCAGACCGUCCAUUACUACAAAUCUGUCAGGACCUAAUAAUCAUUAGAUGAGAGAGCGAGAGCUUGCUAUGAUGAAAUCACACCACUUGGAGCAGUGAGUCCAUGAAUGUAAAGAGUAUAUUCUCUAAGUGGGCUAUAAGAUUAAUCUGGUGUCGAUAAACAAACUUUCUAAAAGAUGCGUUUCCUUCUCCGCUGAUGCGCUGAGAACUCUGUUCAAUGUCAAGAUAAAGUUUCACUGGUGGCAUUCCUUUUAGCCAACGCCCAGAUUAACCCUAUAAGGGCUAGGCGUGGGUACGCCAUAUUGAGAUCUUACUCUCGACUCUCAAGAGGGCGAAGCUCUGUUUCAUCGCAGUUCAGUCUCAUCCUUUGUCUGCAUUUUCUACCACUUGGUCUGUGGAUCUUGGUUGAAGUUGUGAAUAAAUAUACCAGCAAUCAAAGAGACUUAGCUUUCUUUGUUUAUCCACGCCAGAAGAAGAAUUAUCCCGAAGAAUCAUCUCCGUCAUCGUCACAGCUAGCUACUCCAACAUCACCAGGUGACGUCGUGGUGGAAACUUCAUGAACAAACAUAACACCCCACCCAACAACAGAAACCAAAGGGAGAGCGAGCGGUAACACUAGUAAAGUAGAAGAGUGAAUUUGUGUAGGCAAAAGCCCAGUGUAUCACUACGCUCAGACGGGACACGCCAGACGGAGCCUGAGGCCGGAGGCGGGACGGCCACGCUCCUCAGUCCGAUCGAGUAGCGAGUGGGGCAUCGGACACGACACGACACGACGACUUGUGUGGGCUUAACAACAAGUAUCAGAACGGCUAGGGUAGCCAAAUAACCUGUAAUGCUUGCCAUGUUUUAGCCAUACGGUUUAGACUAAGAUAACUUUAUGUAUUAGGGUAGGUUAAGAUAGACCCUUGUAGACACAUUCCAUAAGGGUUGUAACCACUCAUUUUUCUGUAUUUCUCACAUAUUAUAUUCCUAAAUUUAAGGCGUUUGUUUAAUUGAGAAGGUUGUGGGAACUACUGCCCUUGCACCCCUAUCUUCCCUGAUCCGGCGAGAGAUAUCUACUGGUGACCCCAGGGGGGAGGUUGGGUAACCACUCCCUGCGGCACAACACCAUGUUGUAUGGAAAAUCCUAGCGAACUUGUCGGAGUGACGACGUCACAUCCUGCUACCCCACUGCAGAGGGAGGCGGCGACUGUAAACAAGCCAGCACCCGCUGUCCAGCCUAGGACAUGGGAAUGCGUGCAGUUCGCUCAACCCGGCAGGUUCCAGCUCCGGAAAUUUUGGAGAGCACUCAUCGCCGGAAGCAACAGCGAUAUGAAACCAACAGGACAGUGCGUGCCAACUAUGAAUGCAACCAAGAGUACAGUUGGGACCAUGAAACCCAAAAGUGUAACUACUAUUAACGCCACAGAAGUGGGAAAGACCACAAACAGUGCGAGGUUGACUACAUUUUGUAACGAAGUUCUGAACCAAUUCAGGGAAAAAAUAAUGUGUCAAGGACGCAUAAGUUACUAACAGAGUGUAUCAUUUUAUUUACCAUUUUAGUUUGCAUUUUAGGUGCAGUCACUUAAGUAGUUUCAUAAUAAUUGUGAAUGCUUAGAGAAAAAAUAUAGAAAUAGUUAUGGUAACCCAAAAAUGGAAGCCUAACUGGGUGAAGUUAUGACUUCCAUUUGAGGGGGAGGCAAUAAGUUUAUCACUUAUACACAGUGGAACGGAUGGGAUGGACAGUUGGAUGACUGACCGGAAACCGUAUGAGAUCAUACCAGUGAGUGUGUGCGGUAACCGUCGGUCAGCCAUUCCAAAGUCCUCGCAUAAGAGAAUCACGCACCAGCCGAAUGACUAUAUAUGGGAAAUUAACACCUAAUGAGAAUAGGCUAUUUCAGGGCGGAUCCCGCGUGGGUAGUACUUGCGCGACCCCCUGGAACCUUAUAAAAUCCCCAGUCAUAGUGCUGGAAAAAGCCUUACUUUGAGAGUAGUAGUUGCUCCUAGAACCUGUGUUAGUGCCAGACAUGAAGGGAUCAGCGAUCGGCGCCAUCUUAUGGCCGUGGAGGUCAUAUGAAUACUUGCCUAUAUUCAGGUCAGUGUGGACAAUUGCCAAUUCUCUCUAAAUGGUGUAAAACGAGAAGUAAAGUUACAGCAGAUAUUUCAUAAUCAAAGCGUAGAGGCCAAUGUAUACGGUUUUAGGAACUGUAGAAAUUUUAGGAUUACUUCAUGUAUUAUGGUAGGUUAAGGUAGUGAACUACAUGUACAUAGAGAAUUCAUACAUAAUUAUAUAAUUUAUUACUUCAAUUGUUAUUCAACGUGU